GAGCUGCCCGACGUUCUCUUCCUUGGCGAAGGCUCUAACAUUCCUGCUUCGGUCACCCUUUGCCGUGGCCACGGUAAUCCUGGUGAUGGUGGCACUGUAUGGACCAAAACCAAAUUAUUCCAGUUUGUUGAAAACUACCGCCCGGCCUACUAUGGAACCUGGCGUCGGCGCAGUGUGGUUAUCAGCGGCAGACGCCCCUUCGUUAAGGAUAGACUCCAGUUAGAUUACGAGGUUGACUCCGACGACGAAUGGGAAGAGGAGGAGCCAGGGGAGAGCAUUACACAGUCUGAGGAGGAGGAAGACGAAGAUGUGGGAGACGAGGAUGACGACGAAGAUGCCAAAUUCCUUGUGCCCCACGGUUACCUGUCCGACGACGAAGGCAUCGACGCAGAUGGAGGCGGUGCCGAAGAAGAAGCGGAUGGUGGUAACAACGAGCCUCUAGAGAUGAAGAAGCUUCGCCAACGUCUUUCCCUUGCUGAAUAUGAGACGGCGCAUAAGCGCGGCCUGCAAAAACUCCGGUCUCUCCUGUUUGGCCCCUAUUGGUCUCGUGAUCCUCUCGACCUUGUGGAGCCCGGAAAUGAAGGGCCCGAAGAUAAUAAGGAGAAUUUAGCGUUAGGAGGAGACGGAGCUGCUAUACCAGCAGCUGGCGCUAUCCCCUCAACAUCCGCUGACGGACAUCGGCUUAUGCAGUCAGUGCUGAGUGCUCACCGAGUAUCAAUCCCAUACCUAAUUCAACUCAUUCACAAGAACACCCUCAGCAAAGCGAAACUGCAGUUUGAAUUUCGAGUCUUCUGGCAUCAGCACACCACCGGCACUGCGCCGAGUUGCAUGCACUACCAGGAGUACAAGAAACGCGCUGAAAGUGAGUCCCAACUGACGACCACAACGCCAGAUGAUGUGGCCAAUCAGCGAACUCUUCGUCGGGCCUCUCACCUGAUGAGCUUGGAGAGUCUUGCCCUCUCCAAACGCGUCGUCCUCUCCAAGAUUGGUGAAAUUGCCACAUUUGAGGAGGGCCGGUAA